GGAAUAAAAGUGAAACUGUUGUGCUGUGUGCGCAGGGUGUUUUAGGGAAAAUUUCUUGUUGUGUGCUGUACAUUUGGUGGCAGCAAAAGCAGUAGAAAGUCGCCGAUUACACAGCUGAGAAGAGCCAUGAGGGAUAUUUCCACCAUCUAUAAACUCUCUGUGAUUACUUUUGCGCUGCUGGGCGGUGCGUGCAGUUCAAGAUGCUCGGUGUUGGAGUGCUGGUUUGUUCAGGAGAGGCCGGGUGGUGGAGGUUUCUCAGGAAUGAGCCAGGAGAAAUCCGUGCUGUACAUCAGAACCGCCCCCGAUAGCGAGAAGCUUGAACGGAAACCUCCGUCAGACGUCAGUCCGUCCAGAAUUUACUACGUGUCUGAUCCUGCGUCCACUUUCUGCAGCUCUGCCCUCCAUCCACCAGAGGGCACUGUGCACAAACCGCAGUGUGAGAUAAACCCUUUCACCCCUCAAGCCUCCAUGGUGAAAUGGGCCGCCCCUCUCACCGCCUCGGGACAAAGCCCCGUCUACCUGAGCGCCGACUGGUUUUCUGUAGCAGCACAAGGUCUUAACGGAGAACUGACGCUGGCGAAUGUGAUGCGGGCGUCGACGGGUUCUAAAGAGCCGAGCGUAAUCCUCAGCGUCUCCAGUACAACCUCCACAGUCCGCACCAGACUGGGAGAACCGGUCCUCCUAGACUGUGGGUUCUGGGUCGACCCGUCUUCACCUCUGCACGGUUCUGGCUUCGCUGUGGAGUGGCGCUACCAGUUCCGGGGUGAAGGCAGGCUGGUCUUGGCCUACGACGGAAUGAACGAUCGCUUCGCUGAGAUGUCAGAGACAGACGCUGAGUUGGACAUCGUGGGUCUUGACAAGACACGAAACGCAUCGCUGGUUCUGAAAGAGGCCCAAGUGAGACAUGUUGGGACUUACAUCUGCACCGUUUACCUGCCUCACCUUCUGGCUCAGGUGGCCUUAGACCUGGAGGUAGUGGAGCCUCCAUCUGUGGCGGUCUACCCCUCCUCUCUGCCGCUGUCUGUCCCGGGGCAGGUGGUGACAGUCCACUGCGAGGCUUCCGGUUUCUUUCCCCUGUCUCUGGACCUGGACUGGGAAUUCACUGACGCUGAGGGGAAGAAGCUCUCGCUCGGUCAGGGUAGCGUGACGGGCCACAGGCAGGCCAAAGACGGGACCUUCAGCCAGAGCUCUCGCUUAGAGCUCGACUCGUUUAAACUGGGACUCGGGCGAGGCGGAGAGGUCAGCUGCAUCGCCAAACACAAGGGAGGAUCUCGACGGGCCACUGUGACUCUGAAUGUCAUCGGUGUCAGUGCUCCGUCUAUUGAGGACUCCAUGGCCAUGGUCGCUGUGGCUCUCAUACUUUACGGUGUAAUAAAGAUCUUUUUCUGGACUUUCAGCUCUAACGACACGAGCAAUGGAGAACCCAGCGAUAAGAAGGAAAAAUAAUCCCGGAGCUCGACGUGUCCUGCUGGACGUCUCCUGCUGGACGUCUCCUCAGUCUGCAGAUGCUGAGAAAUGAAAAGAACUGUAAAUACUCCUCUGUGAAUGGAUGUACUCUUUCUGAUUCGUCCCUUUUUAUUCUGAAGCCUUUUCAUUGUCUCUGUUGCUUUGAUUUGCACUAGAAAUUCUGUUUAAAACAUUGUUUAAACGUUUUCAAUUAAAUAGAAACUGUAGUUAUUUGUGCUGGGCGUUUUAGGAUUCCUUACUGUGAAUUUGUAAUGGAAAAAAAAAGUAUGUGUUUUUUUUUUUUUUUUUUUAAUUAUUAUUAAAGUGCACUACUAGCUAGAAGAGUUUAAUAUUAAUAGCAGGGUAUGACACUUUGGUAAAAUAAAACUAAGAAAUUAA